AUGAAAACUGUGCUAAUGGUUAAAGAAUCAGAGGGUAUUGAUUACAAGAAAUUCUCUAAAUGGAGAAAGUUGAUCCAAGUGACAGCAUAUAUAUUAGGAUUCAUUACAAACUUGAAAGCCAAGAAUGUAAUUAAAGGUGGUCCGCUAUCUACAGAAGAGUUAGCGGUGGCAGAAAGUUACUGGAUCUUUGAAGCACAAAAAUCACUUCAUGAGAGAAUAAAAGAAGAGUUCAAGUCACUAAGCAUCUUUGAGAAGGAUAAGAUUAUUCAUGUCGGAGGAAGAGCUUGUAACGGAAAGCUAUCAUAUGAAAGUAGGCAUCCAGUUCUGUUGCCCAAUGACCACUACAUAUCAUAUUUGAUAACCCGGCAUGUACAUGAGCAAGGGCAUUAUGGGGUAGCAACAACUGCUGCCAAAGUGAGAAGUGAAUAUUGGGUUGUAGGCGUGACAAGAUUGGCAAAGACUAUCAAAUACAGAUGCGUGACUUGCAGAAUCCUCAAGCGACAUGGCUGA